AUACCUCGUCAGGUGUAGUUGCGGUUACUAAGCCUGACUGGUUGCAUGAACCGCCCCCCCUUUCCCUCCCCUGGUUACCGCAGGUGUUUUUUGAACUAAACACGGAUGUCAUGUCGCCUCCACCAGUGGAAAAAAUAAAAGAACAGUAAAGAAGUUUGAGGAAGGAAAAGAAAACCACCGGCAACAUAUUUCCGCUUCGAGGUGCGAUGCUCAUGUAUCUAAAGUUGCUCCAUGUGACGUCAUCUUAGAGACACUGUGCUGCUGGAGGACAACCAUGAGGCGGACCAGACAGAUCGACGUCAAGCGCGCCCUCAUUCUGACGGCCACCUUCAGCUUCCUCUGCUGCUGCUCUAAAGCCUGUCUGCUCCCCUUCCUCACCCUGUACUUCCGCCAGCUGGGCCUGUCUCCGUCCAUGACUGGCAUCAUCAUGGCCGCCAAGCACGCCGUAACCCUGGUGUGGAGUCCAGCGGCCGGUCUCCUCUCCAAGCGCUAUAACAAGAGACGGGUGGUGAUAAACUGCUCGCUCGUGCUUUCUGCUGCGGCCGUUUUGCUGCUGCUGCUCCUCCCGUCUGUAGGGACGCCCGGCACACAGAGCAGCACCUGUAACACCUCUGACCUGAGCUCUGGUUCAGGCCAAAGUCAGUUGAAUGUUACCCCUAGCACUAGGAGUCAGACGUUGCCAACGCAUUCAGAUUUAGUCAUUGCGACGUCGCCUAAUAACUUUGUCAGUGAGUGGAAACUUGGUCCUGUAACAACUCCGCCUAAUCGGAGUCAUACAGAACACUCUGACGCUCCUGUUUCACAAGGAAACUCAUCUGAGGUGCCAGUCAUCAGUCAGACAACAGCGAGUGUUGACCAUUCCACCAUCAGCUCCUUAGUGAAUGCAGCAAAGAAUAAGAGGUCUGUGAUCACAUCGGACCGCUUUGAGGACCAACAGAAGGGAAGUUCGGGAUUUCUUGCGAGCCUUAAGGAGAUGGACAUUCAGAACCAGCUCUUCUAUUUGACACUCAUCAUCGUGUUGGUGUGGGAGUUUGCGUCGGCUCCUCUUGAGUGGACAGCCGACGACGGGCUUUACGAGUAUCUGGACUACGCGGACGCCUCAGACCGCCAUGGCAGCGCCGAUGUAUGGGGUCUGCUCGGGGCGGUAUGUGGUGUCGGAGGAACUGGGCUUGUGGUCGCCCAGCUCAGUUGUCACGUAGCAGCCACUCGCACUUCCAGAAGCGCAGUGCAUUUUUAUUCCUACGUGGGCCUGGCGGCUCUAGCCCUGCCCGUAGGCGUCUACCUCCCUCUGUACCUGAACAGAAAGCGAGACAGGGCCAGUGGGCUCCUUAAGGGUGUGCAGCUGGUUCACGGCUCCCCACACGCUCUACUCUGCGCCUUCACCAUCGUCCUUGUCGGGGUAGUGAAUUCGGCUGUGGAGAACUUCCUGCUUUGGCAGAUGGAGGAUCACGGGAGCACAGAGCUGCACAUGGGACUAUCCCUCGCUCUUUUUUUGCUCUCACAGGCAUUCUUUCCCCUCCUGGCUGGCAGAGUAUCCAAACUCCUAAGCCCAGGGAGGAUUCUCGUCGUUGGGGCCGCCAGUCUCGGGUUGCAGUGCUUCUACUACUCCUUCCUCUGGGGACCCUGGGCAGCCUUUCCUGCGCAGGUGCUGGGUACCUUGAGCAGCGGCGCCGUCUGGUGGGCUGUGAGGAUUCAAUGCGAGGACGUUGCAACACCAGGGGCCGAAAGAAGCGUCAGAAGGGUCUACGGUUCCCUGUGCCUGCAUCUUGGAAGUGUACUCGGGAGUUUUGCCGGCGGGUUUGUGGCGCAGAGAUUUGGGGUGACAUGGUUGUUCAGAGGGGUUGCCAUAGGAAUUAUGGCAUGGUGUGCUUGUCUUCCUCUCCUGCAAUGGAAAGCCCCACGCCAGCGCAGGAUUAACUACUCGCGUCUUUUGGCAGCCGACGCAAGCGAGGCCAGUGACUCUGAAUCUGAGCCGGAGAGAGACUGGCUGGAUAAGGCCAUGGAGGACAGUCGAGGCAAUAACAACUGCGAAAGACGAAUCGGACACUAAAAUCAGAAUCAGCUCUGAUCUGUAAUGAGCUGAUUAAAUCCAUCUGAGCUAAAAAUGUCCAUCAUUUCUAGUGUUGCUCCAACAACAUCACUUCCCUUAUUUGCCUGUGAAGAGCAUAUUUUAAGUCAAAUUCACAGAUUUUCAAUUGGAUUAAGGUCUUCACAUUGACUGGGCUAAUCCGACAAAUGAACAUGAUUAGUUGUAGGGCUGUUACUGCUGAAAGCAGAGGGUCUUUUGCAAAUAGAUUUUUCUUGGUACUGCUCCAUCCCUGCAGAAGCAAAUCAUCCCCACUCCAAGAUGCGGCGACCACCACGUUUAAUGGCAUAUUUUGACUUUUGAGGCAGCAUCUACUUCCUUUUUGAAAUAUGUGCGACACAUAUUUUCCUGACUGUUUUAUUAUUGUUACAAAAAAUGAAAUGGUUCACAUUUAGAAUCAGAGAUCAAAUGUUAGUGAGCAACAGCCUAGAAAAGCCCAAUUAUAUUAGAAGAUAGUUUACGUCAGCAUUGGAAUAAAUAUGUUUCCCCAUCAGAUUUGCAACAUUGCCUGACUUGUCUCCCCUUAUUACCACAGGCCAGGUGACAAUAAUUGAUUUUCUCCCCGGACAGGUUCCAUUACCGUCCAGAAUUGCAUUGCAAUUUAAUUUUAGCAAAACAUUCCAGCUUCCUGCAGCAUGUCAGGUUCUACCUCGUGAGAGUUUACAUGUACAUAUUUGCAAAGGUACGGGUUGCAUAGGCUUAGUCGUUUUUUUGAAAACAAAGCAGCAGGAUUGCAAGGACCAAAAAUCCGACCUCAGUAUGCGAGCUCAACCGCUUCGACCUCAUGAGAGCAGAAACACAGCAGCCUCUUGGCGCAGAGUAAACUCAAAGCAUGUGCAGAGGGGCAGGCCAAACUGGACGGGCAUCCUGUUGCAACCCCACCCAAUCAGGGCUCUUCAUCCUCCUCCAACUCUGACUGCUGCAGCCAUCUUUUCUGUCCCUCACACUUGACACUAAACUGUGAAAAUGUAGGAUUAAACGGAUGGAGACGCGCUCGUUCUUGGACCGCAUGUAUUUAAGUUUAACUUAAGCACUAUUGAAAUGGUUGCUUCUGGGCAUCUGUGGGGGACCUUGCUGUCAAAGCUGUUUUUCAAAAUGAGUUUGUGCGAGAGACACCUCGUGUUAGAUGCUUUUAUUUUGAUCUGUUAAUGUUAACAGAACUUGAACUUGAAGCUUGUCGGCACGUGUUGGGAUCUCUGGAGUCUUACCGUUCCACCUCUUAUCGAUGCUGAUCAAUGUGCAAAGGUCGCUGUUGCACAAUGGAAAUUGAGAUUUCUGUUUAUGCAUUGAUGUCAAAUUAAUAUGCCUGUUUUUACAGUACAAUAAAUAUAUUUGAACAUGAA